GUUCGCUUCCAUAGCAAUCCGGCAAUACCGGUGAGCGAAAUGGCUACCGAUUAUCCGGCUAGCGAGUUGCGCCGCUCGAUUAUUGUUCCCGUCAGUGAACGCCGCAAAUUCUUUGAAACAAUCGCUGAGUACAGUCAUCCGUUUUGA